AUGGAAAAACAAAAACGUAAAGCUCUAACCUUAAAGGACAAGUAUGAUAUUAUACAAAAAAUACAAAGUGGUGUUAAACAACGCGAUGUUAGCCAGGAAAUGAACUUGAUAAAAUCCACUGUUUCUAUGAUAUGGAAGCAAAGAGAAGCCAUUUUAUCAGCGUAUGGUCAGGGAAAUUCUACGUGUAAAAAAAUGAGAAAAUCAAAGCACCAUGAAAUGGAUCAAGGGCUUCUUAAGUGGUUUACACAAAAAAGACAAGAAAACGUUCCUGUAAGUGGUAUUAUUCUACAAGAAAAAGCUAAUGAAAUGGGUAGUAAAAUCGAAAACAAAGACUUCAAGUGUUCUAAAAGUUGGAUUGAACGUUUUAAAAGAAGACAUAAUAUCCGAACAGGAAAAAUUGUGGGUGAGUCUGCAGCAGUAGAUUUGAAUGUUGUUAAUGACUGGUUAACUAAUGUUUGGCCUCAUAUUCGGAAAAACUAUGACAGUGAAGACAUUUUUAACGCUGAUGAGACAGGGCUCUUUUAUCAAAUGACUCCUGAUAAGACUUUAAAAUUUGUGGGAGAAAGUUGUGCUGGAGGAAAGUUAUCUAAAUUGAGGAUUACAGUUUUAGUAGCUGCCAAUAUGUCUGGAACAGAAAAAAGGAAAUUGUUGGUUAUAGGCAAAUCUGCCAAUCCUAGAUGUUUCAAAAAUAAACAAUUGCCCGUAAAAUACAAAUCAAACCGUAACGCGUGGAUGACCUCUGAAAUUUUCACAAAUGAACUGCUUGAAUGGGAUGAACAAUUAAAACAAAAAAAUAGGAAAAUUGUACUUUUAGUUGAUAACUGUACAGCUCACCCUGAGAUUAAACUAAACCAAAUUAAAUUAGUUUUUAUGCCACCGAAUACGAGUUCAAAAUUACAACCGAUGGAUCAAGGUGUAAUUCAUUCAUUAAAGAGCCAUUAUAGGAAAAUUUUACUCGCGCAGAUGAUAGAGGCUAUGGACAACGGAAAAACAUUUUCAGUUAGCAUUUUAGAUGCUGUAAAUUUUAUUCACAUGGCUUGGCAAAAGGUUAGCAAAGAUACAAUAGCAAACUGUUUCAAGCAUGGAGGAUUUUCUGAAAAAAGUGCUGAAUUUGAUGCAGACGAUGAGCUUCCCCUAACAGAAUGGUUAAAAAAACAUGAAGAUGAUCCUGGACUUAUUUUCACAGAUGUGGAUAAUGCAAUUGAAAUUGCAGUGCAAGAGAAAAUCGGGGAAUUUAAUUUUGAAGAAUAUGUGGAAAUUGAUAACGACAUAACGGUAACAGAAAGACUAACUGACGAGCAGAUUAUAGAAUCAGUGACAUCAGUCAUGGCAACAAGUGACGAGGCCGAGGGUGAGGAAAAUGAGUCUGAUGAAGAUGUUGAUGUUUAUGUUCCUUCUCUUAAUGAAAUGGCGCAAAAAAUGGCAGAGACUCGCAACUUUUUAGAAUCGCGCACUGUUCCGGAGCCUAUAUGGAACAGCUUUUGCAACCUCGAACGCUAUAUUAGUGACAUUCACUUUUCUAAUAGAUAUCAUGACAAUGAAAAUCAAAGCCAACCCAACUUUAUGUUGGAGGAAAUAGACAACGAUCAGGUUACAGAUCUAGAGGAUAUCCAGGAGAGUGGGUCGAACGACGUAUUGUCCUCCUCAAUGUCCUCUGGAUUAAACACUUCACUACAAGUAUUGUCACCAAAGCCGGUGCUUGAAGAAAUAAACCGACCGAAGCCGAAAAUUGAUGAAGUUUGCGAAUUCGGUCGGUUUGUAAGCAAAGACCUGCAGGGAAUUGACGACGAAGAGUUGCAGAACGAAGCUAAGCACGAAAUAAAUAAUAUUUUAUACCAUUUUAAAAAAUAG